AUGGGACUGGAGCUGCCGUCGGAGUAUGGCUACGUGAUGGCGUCCAUCGCGGGGACGGCGUUCCUGGUGCAGUACAUGGCCAUUGGGGUGUCCAAGGCCCGGAAACGCUACGGGGUGGAGUAUCCAAAAAUGUACAUGGAAGGCGACUCGACAGACGCCAAGAUAUUCAACUGCACCCAGAGAGCGCAUCAGAACACGCUGGAAUCAGCCCCGAUUGCCAUGGUGUCCAACGGGGUGUUGGGACUCGCCCACCCCUUGACCGCAGCCUCCCUAAUGACUGUGUAUGCAGUGGGUAGGUUCAUCUACUUCGAGGGCUACAAGUCGGGUAACCCUAACAAACGGUUUCCUGGGGCCCUCAUUUCUAUGCUGGCGUACUUUUCGUCUGGCCUCACUCUGAUCGUCGGGGGCAUCAGGCGCACUGGUCUGUUUUGA